ACAGAUGGAAAUUGUAAACAAACCGACGUUUCGAUAGGGCAACUAUUGCUGCCCUGCACAGAAACAUAAUGUUUCAACCUGUGCAACUUCGAUCAUAUGGCUUCGGAGAGAAAUCCAAGUUAUAUAAUGCUGCUAAAGGAAACAAGGAGUUUGUCCAGCGCCUGAAGUUGGAGCGGAAGCUUGAGGCACACACUGGAUGUGUGAACACGAUUUGCUGGAACAACACUGGCCAUACAAUACUUUCUGGGUCUGACGAUCAGCAUCUUGUCAUCACAGAUCCAUUCAACAACAAGAAAGUUCUGUCCAUCCGCUCUGGGCAUCGUGCCAAUAUUUUCAGUGCGAAGUACCUUCCAGCAUCAGGAGACAAACAGAUCGUAAGUUGUUCUGGUGAUGGGAAGAUCUAUCACACAGAGGUGGAGAGAGCUGAUACCUACACCAGUAAUCUGUUUGACUGCCAUUUUGGCACUACAUAUGAGGUGUUGGUAGUUCCCAAUGAAUCCUCCCUAUUUCUUUCUUGUGGGGAGGAUGGAACAGUUCGUUGGUUUGACCUCCGUGCUAAGUCCAGCUGCACCAAAGAGGACUGUAAAGAGGAUGUACUGAUAAACUGUCAUAGAGCAGUUACCUCCCUUGCUGUGAAUCCAUUCAUACCCUAUCACCUGGCCAUAGCAUGUUCUGAUAGCUCUGUUCGUAUCUUUGAUAGACGUAUGCUUGGGACAAGGGCUACAGGUACAUAUGCUGGACGCAGUAUUACAGGGAUGAUGUGUCGCUUUACUGCUCCUACACUUUCUGGACGUUCUUACAGAAUCACCUCCCUGAACUACAGCCCAGAUGGCGAUGAUGUUCUUGUUAGCUACUCCUCAGAGUAUAUUUACCUGUUUGGUCAUAAGGAAAACAAGUACAAAUGUUUGGGGAAAAGCCUUCCAUUAGAGACAAAAUCAUCUAGUCCUCGACACCAGAAUGUGACUGAUGACAGCUUAGAGCCCAUCAAACAGUCAUUAGAGGUGACUAACUCUAAACAGGCACGCUCCCAUACUGUCCCAGGUGGUAGCACUAACCAGCCACAAACAGGACAAAAAGGACAGGAUGAGGGAGGAACAAAAAGUGGGAUAGGCAGCAAGAGUAAGGAUGGAGGGAAGGGAAGUGGGAAGAGCAGAAAAGAUGAUGAGGGAAAGUCCGGGGAUGGAAAAGACUUAGGAAAAGGAAAACUUAUGACAGAGGUUUUGGGGAAAGUAAAAGGAGGGAAGGCUGAAGACAGCAAAGAAGAGAAGAAUAUAACAGGGGAAGAAAUGAAGGAAACCACAGGGAGAGACAGAGAAGAACAUUUAGAUAAUACAACAGUACCAAAGGAAUCUGAGGAGGAUAUCCAAACAAAGGUGGAGAGAGGACCUAGUUCAGUUAGAGAAGGAAAUGUCGAGGAACAGUCAGGGAAUGAGUUGUUAGAAGUAAGUAGAGGGGGAGGGGCUAGAUCAGGAGGGGCUAGAGGUGUAGACGCUGCUAGAGCCAUGGGUGGGGCCCUGCCUGGAGAUGUGAGUGGAACGUUGGGUGGAGUGAUAGCUGGAGACAUGGGUGGAGCUAGCACCUCAUCAGCUACAGAGGCCUUAGAGGAGUCUGCUGCAGGACACCCACCCAUAAAGCGUCUUCGUCUGCGUGGUGAUUGGUCAGAUACAGGACCAAAUGCACGUCCAGAGAGUGAGCGGCAAGCCCAGGGGACAGCUGAACAGCGGAGAAGUCCACACACUUCUAUCAUGCAGCGUAUGUCAGAUAUGCUUACACGCUGGUUGGAUGGAAACUUACGAAGGACAGAAGGUCAGGAGGAAAGUUUAGAAGGUCAGGCAGAAGAUUCCGAGGUAAGAACUGAAGGAUCAGGUGUUGGUGAAGAAUCAGACCAUAUCACCCAAGAACAUUCUGUAGGGGCGGCAGGCAUGUCCCAAGGCACUGGAGACCAAACUUCCCCAGGGGAGGCACCAGAAAGGACUGUCCUUAGUGGUGUAUCAGAAACCUCUACAGAAAUGGAGGAUAUGAAUUAUCAUGGUAGAUCUGAUGUCCAAGAGGGGAUAUCUCAGGAGCGUGAUAAUGAGGGACUUUCUCAAAAUACAACAACAGAUUCACCACUGGCACCUCAUUUUGUCGAGAAAUCAGUGAAAGACAGUAAUUCUCGGCAGGUAGAUGUUGUCAAUAGCGACAAGAAAGGUCAAAGUUCAACAAGUGCAAUAUCUGGUGUAGUAGAAGGACUUCAAGCUAGUACAUCUAGACAGGGACUUGCUGAGGAUUCAAUACAGUCUACAUCUGAAAGUGUCAGGUCAGUGUCAGGGCAACAGCCUUCAGUUGUGGUUGGUGACCAUGGGAAUCAGGAGGCACCUCUGUCCCCAGGACAGAUGGAGCCUGUUAUCAGUUUGCAUUACUCAUCUGAAGGAACAACCAGCAGCACCAUCAGAUUAGGCUUUGCCAAGUUUGAAAAUCUGGAAGCUGGUCUGCUACAGAGAAGUGCAGAAAAUGCUUCCCUGGCUCCUCUUGUGAGGGACACCAGUCAGUUUGAUGAUGGUCAUCCAAGACUGUUGUCCCAGAUGAACAAUACUGGAGACUUAGAGAAUUUCCAGGAACACAGUGAUUCAGUUGAAGGGCAAAACAAUAGUGUUAGUCCUUCUAGUGGUAAUGAAAGGCCUACUCCUUUGGGUCCAAGUGAUUCUGGGAGUCACUCAGGUCAGAGUGAUUUGACAAGUCCCACAGUACAGAGGGAUAUUAUGGAACAUAUGGAUCCUAGUGACUCUGCCAAUCCCAAGUCAAACAGUGACUCUACCAGACAAAGUGAUUUGGUCAAUUCUAAGGCACAAAGUGCAUCAAGCAGUCCAAAGGGACAGUGUGAUUCAGGGAGUCCUCUGGGUUCUGGUGACUCAGCCAGUCUGGUUAUAGACAGUCCUAUAUGUGUUAGUGGGGACUUGAAUAGUACCAGUGAAAGUGAGGAAACUAGGACUGAACAGGAGAAUGUGCAGGAUCUUUUGAUGGAAACAGAGGACUAUGUUACUGAUUCUACAUCCAGUGGAGUUAGUUCUAGUGACCAUUCACUGCCAUCCUCAAGUAGAGAGACCAGCUCAAGUGCCAAGCCUGAGUCCUCCUGUACAUUCAAUGUAGGUCAGAACACAGAAGCUAGUCAUACAGACAAUAAGGUUUGUGAGGAGGAAGCCAUUGUUGGGGAGGGAGGUCAUUUGUCUCCUGUUGUAGAUACAGCUGUACUAUCAGUGGGGACAGAGGACAGGCAAAAUUCAGAGGAUGAAGGUAAGAAAAGGAAAGAAAAAAAGGAUUUGAAUUCACAGCAAGAAAAAGCAAGAUUUGGAAAGCAUGAUGUGUUAUCAAAUGAUCUGAAACCUUCCUGUUUAAAGGAAUCAAAGCCAGUUGUAGGGGAAAUCUCCAAGGAUCAAUCAGUAACUGGGUCACAACCAGUAACAGUGGAAAUUUCCAAGGAUCAACCAUUAACUGUGUCACAGUCAGUUACAGCGGAAACCUUCAAGGAUCAGUCGUUAACUGUGUCACAGUCAGUUACAGCGGAAACCUUCAAGGAUCAGCCGUUAACUGGGUCACAACCACUAACAGUGGAAACCUCAAAGAAUCAGACAGUAACUGGGUCACAGUCUGUUACAGGAGAAACCUCAAAGAAUCAGACAGUAACUGGUACACAGCCAGUUACAGCGGAAACCUCCAAGGAUUGGCUGGUAACUGGGUCACAGUCUGUUACAGGAGAAACCUCAAAGAAUCAGACAGUAACUGGGUCACAGCGAGUGACAGCGGAAACCUCCGAGGAUCAGUCAGUAACUGGUAAACAGCCUGUUACAUCGGAAAGUUCCAAGGAUCAGCUGGUAACUGUGUCACAACCAGUUACAGGAGAAACCUCACAGCCAAUUACAGCGAAGUCUGCAGGGCCACAGCAGUCAACGGCACAAGUGUCACAAGAUGUGGAGGAGAGUUGUGAGGGGGCUACUGGACAGGCAGUCACUGGCCGAGAAACUGAGAGCUCACACGGAGCUCUCACUUCAAGCACACCUAGAGAAGCCACAACUACCACCCGUCAGCGAAGAAUAGGCCGCAGUGGACCUCCUACAGGAAACUUCCAGUUAUCAACUGAUGAAGACAGCAGUGAUGAUGAUACAACUACACCACGCAGGAGGAGAGAAAAUAGGGACACACUGGAGCGCCAUAUUACUGCUAUCAGACUGCAGGAGCUGUAUCGUAAACGUCAAGAGGAGCGAGAGAAGGAGGAAAUGGAACUAAGAAACAUACACCAACCGACCUUUACUUCAAAGUUCCGAGGUCACAGGAAUGCCCGCACAAUGAUCAAGGAGGCCAACUUUUGGGGAAGUCAGUUUGUGAUGAGUGGAUCUGAUUGUGGUCACAUCUUUAUCUGGGACCGCUAUACAUCCAAGCUUGUCAUGUUACUGGAGGGUGACCGCCAUGUUGUCAACUGUCUGCAACCUCAUCCCUUUGAUCCAAUCCUCGCCACAAGUGGAAUUGACUAUGAUGUCAAGAUUUGGUCACCAAUGGAGGAGAAAAGCUGCUUUGAUGAGGAGAAAGCUAAUGAGAUCAUGAGAAGAAAUGAAGUUAUGCUGGAGGAGACCCGCGACACCAUUACAGUGCCUGCUGCCUUCAUGUUACGUGUGCUAGCCUCGCUCAACCAAAUUCGAUCAGGACGUUCAGCCACUGUUGAGAACCCUGUGGAACAGGACUCCUCCUCGGACACAGACUGAGUAUUAUAACAAGACGUUGGAAAUUCCUCAAUGUUUUAUCCUAUUUAUCGACUGUCAACUGUUUUAACUUCUGAAUACAUUAACAAUGAAAUCCACUCAUGACAAGUCUAGUUCCAAAUCUUUCCUGUAUUUCAUCCAUGAGAUAGUGACGUUCUGGGAAAUUUCAUAAAAUAUUGUUUCAGCAAGGUAUACAGGUAUAUAGAUAGGGAUGCAAAAGGAAAUUUACUUCCAAUGAUCAUUUAGUAACUUGCUUUCGUAGAGGCAAUCAUGUAACACAUUGAUUUUGUCAAAGACAGUAAGAAUAGUGAACCGGACAGUAGGAAAAGAUCCAGAGAUUACGAUGAAGGAUUUACUGAGCUAGCCUAACACAAGCUUACUGGUACAUGUUUUACUAUAUAGUGCUGUUUGUACUCUUCUUGAUAUUGGGAACCAAUUUAUGGUUAUUUUGACACAAAAUACAGUUCUGUGUUAUCCGAUAGGACAUUGAUUGUAGAUUUUAAGAAUCUGUUGCAGUAUGGCUUAGUUCGCACGUGAUUGGGAGUCGUCAGAUGCUGAGUUAACAUUCAAUUUAUAUGGCUGAUGGAUAUCAUUUAUAUGUAUAUGGUCAAUUUAAACAAUUAUGCACUUGUAUUCACUCAGUGAAUAGGUGAGAAAAACUACUGACUUGGCACAUAGUGACAGUCAAUAGAUCAGUUUUUCCUUCUUACCAUAUACAUGUAUGACUUUAUCUUGGUAUGUUAUUAAAUUUUAACAGUU